GAACGAUAUAACACACAUAGUGACCUAUAAAAACAAGUAAAUUUAUUAUGUUCCAUUUAAAGCAUAAACGAUCACUGAAGUUUUGCAUCAUGGGAAUUUCCCUCCACAUAAGUGUAUAAGUUCAAAUGGCAUGCCAUAUACAAUCAAUACGAACACCACCUCGUUUGAGUGAAUAGAUUUGCCAACAUUAGAGUAUGUCGGAAAAUAACGCACUAAUAAACUCUGUAAUUAAAGUUAUACAAUCUACUGGCGAUCGUGAGCGAAAAGAAAACCAAGUAUCAAAUUCUAUUGGGAUAUUGCUAAAUGAUUCUGAUGCUAAAGUAACCUCGAAUGACGCACAACGAAUAUACACCGCUUGGGCAAAUACGUAUGAUAAGGACCAUGACGACAACGUGUACAUCUACAAGACCCCAUUACGCGCUGCCAGGCACUUCGCUGAGCUGUUCCCAGAAGUAGAGAGGCCACGUGUUAAAGUUCUCGAUAUAGCGGCAGGCACUGGUACUGUUGGACAAGAGCUCCACAAACAGGGGUUCAGGGAUAUUGAUGCUGUAGAUGCUAACCAGGCCAUGCUAGAUGUAGCCAAGUCUAAGAAUGUUUACAACCGACUGAUUUGUGAUUUCCUUGGGCCUAACGCACUGGACAUCAAAGAUUAUACAUAUGAUGGCGCUGUUGCUACUGCUUGUUUCUACAAGUCCCACGUUACAGAGGAUUGCUUUCCUGAAUUAAUCCGCAUUAUUAAACCCGGAGGUCUGCUGCUAAUGCAAAUACGAGGUGACGCCCUUAAAGAAAUGGUGGGGUUUACAGAAGCUAUGAAGCGACUUGAAAAUGACCAAAAAUGGACAUUGGUGAAAGAAGAAUAUUUUCCAAACUGGUAUUCUGACAAAGCAAUUAAUGGAUUCAGAGUUGUUUAUAGAAUCAGUUGACUUAUUUGUUUCAAAAUAUUUUGAAAUCGAGCAAAAUUGGUGAAAGAUUGAGAUUUGACAGUGUCUAGUUCAAACAUGUUUUUGUUCAAAAGUAUGAAUAAUCACUGUCCAUCGCAUAGAAUCAAAUUUUAUUUUAUUCGUUUGUAAAAGGGGCACACAAUCAUUUUUAUCUAUAAUAAAAUUCUUGAAAGUAAUAAAUACGAAUUUAUUAUGAUAAAGAGAUCAAGAAAAUG